AUGUUGUGGUUGGAUGAUUUGCUGAUUGACAAGCCAGGUUUGGUGAUCUCUAUCGUUGCCAUCCUGGUUGUGGCCACAUACAGCGUCAUCCGGCAGCAACUCACAACAGCAAACAAGCCUUGGAAGACAGUUCCGGGUGGGUGGCCGCUGCUUGGACAUUUUUACACAAUGGCGGCUGGAGGCCGGAUCGGAUUUGUGCAAACUCUGGAGAAAUGGGCCGACCAAUAUGGAGCAGAGACGGGAUGCUUUGAAUUCGAAGUCAUGGGCACAAGAAUUCUGGUGGUUUGUCGGGAAGAUGCCGCCAAGGAAAUCCUCUCUCAGCGACCCUUCAAUGUUACCAGAAGCACCAAUUUGCGAGAAGCAGUCAAAAGUUUAGGAGCCACUGGAGUCUUUUCUGCCGAAGGGGAGCAAUGGAAACAAGAGAGAAAGCUGAUUUCCUCCACUCUCAAUAAAAUCCACAUGCAGGAUUAUGUACCCACACUGAAGGACUCUGCGAUUGCCCUCAUUCAAAAGUGGGAAGUAGAUGCCAAAGAAAGCCCCGAUGGUGUGAUCAGUAUUAAGCAAGAUCUGGGGCAUGCCCCUGCCGAUACUGUCGGCAAGGUGUUUGUUGGGAGGGACUUUGAUUUCUUGCACAAUCCUGAAUCUGAUAUGGGCGGGCUGGUCAAUCAGGGAUUCAAAGCACUGUCACGACGUGUUCUCGCUCCAAUCAAGUUCUGGAAAAUUCCUUUCAUUGGUCAAGAUCUUGAUGGGUUUGGGAAAUACUUUCGCAGUGGAAUGGCAACCCUUAGUCAAGUCAUAAAGGAUUACGAACAGGAACGCGCUGCAAACCCCAAGGCCAAUUCAAAGACAUUUAUUGCAAAACUGUAUGAUGUCAUGGAACAAGAAAAGUCCAAACUGGACCAUGAAAGAAUUGUAGGAAACAUUGUCACUGCAUUUGCUGCUGGUACUGACACCACCUCCUUGACAUUGCUAUCAACACUACACUUCCUGGCAGAGAACAAGGAAUUACAGGCUGAACUAAGGGAACACAUCAGAGACUUUGAUUUGGAAACAGCCACCCUUGACGACUACUACACCAAAGUACCUGUCCUGAAGUCCUUUCUCCAUGAGAUCCAUAGAUAUUAUUGUACUCCGAUUAUGGGACUCCAGCCAGCCAAAGACAUACCCUUCUGCGGUACGACAUUGCCCAAGGGUUCUAGAGUCUUGAUUUUUCUAAGACACAUCAUGCUCCAGCAGAAGUCCCCUGCAGAAGGGGUGCCAACUGGUCCUGACAAUGCACCACCACAAGUGUUUUCUUACCGCCGUUACCUUGUCCCCGCAGAUGAAAACACUACAACCAGCAAGGAGCAAAAGUGGCAGUGCAUUGGCCCAUUGACCAAGGGUUUUUCAUUUCUCCCAUUUGGCCAUGGUGUCCGGACCUGUCCUGGAAGAUUAUAUAGUGAAAUCCUGUCCUAUGCUAUUUUGAUCAAGCUGCUCCAGACAUUUGAAUUUGAACUGGCCCCCAAUCACCUGUGA